AUGAUCUUGUGUCUGGAGACACUCGUUCUGGCCAUCACUUUGGCAUCAUGCCAGGCUUUUCUGUUCCUCGGUUUCGACCAAGGGGUUAUGGCUGGGCUGAUUGGAGCAGAAAAUCGUUUUGAAAGAGACUUUAAUCACCCUGAUGCUGAUAUGCAGGGUAAUAUUACAGCUUUGUACGACAUUGGCCGAUUUGGUCGCAGAACCAUGUUGAUCGCUGGCCGUAGUAUCAUGAUUGUUGGAGCUGCAAUUUUGGCUUCAUCUUACACAGUCGCACAACUCAUCGUCGGUCGCAUCGUCACGGGGAUUGGGAACGGAAUGAACUCUUCGACGGCCCCCGUUUACCAGAGGGAAUGUUCAUCGGCUGCUAUCCGAGGUGCGCUGUUGACCCUAUAG